UCGGUCAAGAGAUGACUUGGCGAUAUGUCUGGUGGUUUGGGCAAAGAGGCAGGUCGAGUUCCUUGUAACGGAAUGCAGUAGCGGACGAAUCCCAAACAUGUUUGGAGAGCUUGGAUUUAAAGUUCAGAACCAACCUGGUGAUGUCAAGGUACCAUGACAUUUCCCUUUCAUUUAUGAUAGAAAAGAAUGUUAACAACUUUAUUUGUAAUAGCGGGAUAAAAGCUGGAAUGGAUAGCUGUCAGAAUCAAAAAUAAGUUCAUUCAACCAAACUGAAUUUCAAAUUUGUAACUUUGAAGCAUAACUAGAUUCGCAAAGCCGAAGCAUUUCAUAGGCCGAACCUCAGACUAAAAUAAAAGUAUCUACCUUAACAAAGAAACUUCUACUAUAAUCGAGAAUCAUAAAGAAUUACAAUUUAUCUUUAAUACCAUUUUCAUUGAAAGAGAUUUCAUUUCAUUAAUUUUUGUGCACAGUAUGCCAUAUGUCUGUGAAGAAUAUUCCGCGAAUUUACUUUUAUAAACGUGACUUGACUUGAAAAAUGAAUCAAAAUGGAAAUCUGAAAUUUGUACUAAUGUUUAAAGAACAUUAAGUUUUGGUUAAAAGCUGAUUCGCAUCUUAGUUACUUUUGAAUAGAUCUUCUAGUAAGAUAAAAUAUUUGUUACAAAAGAAAUAUGAGCAUUAAAAUAAUAUAGUCAUAUCUAAGUUAUAAAGUUGUUUAUGAGAGAUAUUCAUUUAACACUCGGCUUGUGUUUAAAAGUGAAAAAGGAAUUUGAGUUUUUUCCUUUUAAUAAGUAGCAUUUAGUUUACUGGUUUAAUAUAAAAACGAGGAAUACAUUACAUUAGGAAACACCGCUUUGUUUUAUUCUCUAAACAAAUGAAAAUUUUGUAAACAUUUCAUUAAAAUAAAUUUCUGUAAUUUAUUUAAAGUAAAUUACAUCAUUAAAAGAUAGGUGAUAGAUAAAAUAAAAACUAUAUAACUUUAUUGAAUAUUAAAUAUUAUUUAUUGAAUAUAAAUAAACACAAAUAACUUGAGACUUCAGGGAAAAGAAAAGUUCUGGAAGGACAUAAGCACUUUUGACGAGUAACGCGCUUCCGAAAGGAAAUAAAAGAUAACUUAUCAAAAUUUAAUGAUUAAUUGCUUCAAGAAAGUACGCGAAGCUGUGAUCUUGGUUUUCGUUUCGAAGUAGCCACAAAAACCGUCAGGAAUUUCUUUAAAAGAAACUUAUUAAUAAUUCCCUCGAAAUCAAUAUUUCAUCUUAAUAAUGGGCGUGUCGAGUUGCUGUAACAAAUGGAUUGCCCCCAGUGGUGCUACUUUUACAGUGCACGAAAUAUUAAGCCGCUUAGGUAUUGUGAGGAACUUACCGAAGUACAUUAAUAAAAAAUGGCUCUCGCCAGAAAUGCUCACUGGAAUUCUAAUUGAAACUGUGAAAGAAAAUGAAUGAGAAGUUUCUUUGGCUAGAUUUAUAGCUAAUAAUAUUUAAGAUAAAUUCCAUUUCGAAUAUUUUAAAAAUGUUCCUGUAAACGUCACAAAGUAGGGGCUAAUAAAAUAUUAUGCUUUAUGACAUUUCUCUAUAGCCAGGAAUAAUUUUAUUUCAGCAAAUGGAAUUUAUUAUUUACGGGUAAAACUUAAAUAUUAAUCUAAAUAUUUUAAUGAAUAAUAAUAUGUUUCUUAAAUUUAUUGAAGAUUAACAAUAAUAUAUUGUUAAUGAUUACAGGAUAAUUAAAGUGCCAAAUUGUUUAAGUAUUCUACCUUAAAAACAAUAAUUAUGUAUAUAUUAAACGUUUAACUUCAGCAAAAUGAAAACAAUUUAUAGAACAUAUACUAAAACUUAAACGAAGCUACAAAAUGAAAUAAUAAUAAAACGAUCUUAUUUCAGAUGGAAUUUUAACUUGCAUCAUUUUAAAAAGGAUUUCAGUUAGUCAAUUACUGUAUGCAAAACCUUUUUAUAGAAAAUUUAUAAUAAUACUUUUCGAGGUAUUGCUAAUUAUUUUAAUAUUCCCAAAUAAGCGAAGCCAGAGAAAUCUUCCUUCUUCUAAAAAUAAUUUGUGAGGAACAAGCUGUCCACAUGCAGAUUAAGGCUGCACUCUCCAGAUAGCUUUUUAUCAAGUAAAGUUAUCAAUAUUUUACAAAGUUCCUGUCCUUCAGUGGUUGAUGUAGAAAAUAUUCCGCUCAAGAUGAAAAAUAGAAGCAAUAUUACAUAAAAAAAAAAGAUUGAAAAAUUCUACUUUUACAAAACGUUUGAAUGAGCAACACAUUUUCCACCAAGUUAAAAAUAAUUAGUUUAUGAAAAUUAAGUGAAUAUACAUAUCUAUUUAACUAUGUUGGAACGUAGAUGUAGAAGACGUCGUAGUCUGCGCAGCGUCUUGCUUUUUGCCGUAGGUUUCUGUAGUCUGUUUGCUUGCUUUUCUUGGUACACUCUCCUAUGUUGCAGGCCAAAUGUAUAUGGAGAAUAUAUCAUAAAUAAUAACUAUCCUACGUUUCGCUCUAAAAAUGUGGCCGAUAUAAAAGUAGCAUAUUCAGAUUCUAAUAACAAUGAAAAUCAAAAUCUACUAGAAAGUACCAUCUUAGCUUCUAGUUCUAAUUCAACUGCCAUUUUGCAAAAGUCAGUAAGCAUACUAAAAAGCUCACUUAGUAGAGAACGGGUUACUUUAAACGCUGCCAGUAGCAGAAAUGGAAGUUUAGCUCCAAGUAAUUAUGAUAUUUCUGAACAUCCCAAAGCAGAAGCUUAUCCAUUAGCGAAUUCCAAUCGUAUUGGCACUGGAAGUAAUACCUAUAAAGACAUUAUCCAGCUGACAGCUAUAGAAGAGGCUGGAGCAUCCUCAACUUCUUCACCGCAGUCACUCCCACCAACUGUAGAACUCGAUCAGUACGCAGUGAGAGCAUGGCUACCUAGGGGCAUCAAGGAAAGAAUUGAGUCCAGUAGUUAUGAAUCAUCAAACGUAGAUACUGAAAUAAAUAUAUCCAGUUUGGAUGUGAUCCCCGUCGUUUAUACGACUACCACUCCUUCUGGGCAUAAUUACGGGGUAUCACCGAGAAAGAAAAGUGUUAUCAGCCCACCUGUGAAGAGGUUACCUCAAGCUUUAAUUAUCGGAGUGAAGAAAUGUGGUACUAGAGCUCUUCUGGAGUUCUUGAGAGUUCAUCCUGAUAUCAGAGCAUCUGGUCCUGAGACUCAUUUCUUCGAUCGGCACUAUCAGAGAGGCCUGGAGUGGUACAGGCAGCAAAUGCCAUCGAGUUUGGAAGGUCAGAUCACCAUGGAAAAGACACCUAGCUACUUCAUAACAAAGGAAGUGCCCCCUAGAAUCCACUCCAUGUCUCCGUCCGUCCGUCUACUUGUCGUAGUUCGUGAUCCCGUCACCAGGGCUAUAUCAGACUACACACAGUCCACCAGCAAGAGAAAAGACACUCCCUCCUUUGAAGAAAUGGCCUUUCUAAACGUCAGCACAGGUUUAGUUGACACUUCCUGGAGCGCCAUUAGAAUAGGUGUUUACGCCCGUUUUUUGGAAUGGUGGACCAGGUAUUUCAGCUUGGACAGGAUGUUGUUUAUCAGCGGAGAGAACCUCAUUCGGGAUCCUGCCGGAGAAAUGGGGAGAGUUCAGGAGUUUCUGGACUUGAAGCAAGUCAUAUCAGAUAAACAUUUCUAUUUCAAUGAAACUAAAGGAUUUCCCUGCUUGAAAAAAUCUGAAGGCAGUGGAAAUCCACAUUGUUUGGGUAAAACCAAAGGUCGGACACAUCCAGAUAUAUCUCUUUCUACAAUUCAAAGGCUGAGGGAUUUCUACAGGCCCUUUAAUGUCAAGUUUUACCAAAUGGUGGGAAGAAAUUUUGGAUGGCCGUGAUUUCUUUAUUAUUAUUAUUAUUUAUGUUAACUGAUUUCAGUUAUGUAAUUUACUUUCAUAGAGAAAAAAACUUUUAUAUGCACACAAUAAAAUGUUCCAACAUGUUCCAUGGGAAAAGUAUGAAUUUAACUUUUAUUUCAGAAUUUAAAUAAAAUUUAAAAAAUGAAAAUGCCACAUUGAGGCAUCUGAAAUAAUUUUAUUGUUAUAAAGACUUCAUAACGUCUUUCUUUCUUAUGAACCUAAAUACUUUGUAAAUAUGCUAGUAUUGUAAAAGGAUACCUCAGUUUUUAAUAUCAAUUCGUAAUAAUUUUAUGAAAUUUUUCAUAUUUUUCUUUUUUUAAACAAAGCUUUUCUGCUCUCCAUGUUAUUAUGGUAUAGAAAAUUUUAUGAUCUUAUAAAACCAUCCAUAAAUUUGAUUAUUCAUGCAGUUUCAUCCUUAAGGUGUAAUACAUUUUGCUGCAACAUGAAUACAUGUCUAAAUUCUUUCAGCUCCUUCAAUGAAAAUUAAAUAUUUAUCGAAAAGCUUAAUUACAGUGUUAAAAUUUUUAAACCAAAUAACAAUAAGGAUUGGCAAUUCAUAUUAAAUUUGUUUGUAUAUAAAACGCAUAUAAAACGAAAUUGUUUCACUGACUGAAACUACGCAAUGGUUAAAAGUCUUUUUUUAUAUCAUUUGAGAAAUUUCUAAUUCUGUCAAAGUCUGAUGAAAGUAAACUGAUAAUGCAUUACAAUCGGAGGGUUAAUAUCUUCAUAGUUUUCUCAGAUAUUUCGAAACAAAAUGUAGAAAUGAUAUGCCAUUGUAAAUAGCAAAACGCUUAACUCCCUAGAAACUCUAACUCUCUAGAGAGUAACCACAAUUCACAAUAAAUUUAAUAUUUAAAAAAAUGAAUACGUGUUGUUAAAACAAAAUCCAGAUUAUUUAUGCAUUUAAAGAAACUGAUGUAAAAUUUCUUAAUAUGUUUCAGAAAUUCCAUAAUAUUACUGCUAUUUUAUGAUAAAACAAUGACAAGUGUGAUCUCGUUUCUUCCAUAAUAAAUCCUUGACAGAAAAAUGGAACUUUGUGCACGUAAAUUUGCUUUUGUUUUAAUUUAUGCGUCGUUAAUUUGCGCAUAAUGUGCAUUGAAAUUCUGCUUGUCAACUAUGAAGAAUGAAGGAGUACGAUGAAAAAUAUUAAAUUUUUAAUCGUUAAAAAACGAUAGUCUCAGCUCUUAAAUUAUACAUAUCAAAGUUUUUUGCUUAUAAUAAAUAAGUUUAAGCAAAAAAUGUGAAAAAUAAAUGAGAGCAAUUUUUAAUUUCGAACUGAUAAUUUUAUGCUGAACGUUAAAACAAGAUCAAUGUUUAAAAUUGUAGCUUAAUCAAUAUUUAUGAAUGUGGUAUAAUUAGUUUUCAGAAACUACUAUGUAGUAUAAUACUUUAUUUUAUUUAGUACAUUAAUUAAUUAUUUUAUAAUGAAACAGUAUAUAAUUGCUUAGUUAGGAAUAAAUGACAAAAUAAUUUAAGAACUUAUAGAAUUAAUAUAUUAAAUUACAGAGCAAUUUUAAGACAUGAUAUGGUUUAAAAAUAAGUUAUAAACCAUUUUAUGAUCUGCUAUGGAUUAAUAACGAACUUCUGUCAUUUACUUUUAACUAACCUUUUCGAGGUUUCUUUCAGACUAAACUCUCACGCAUCGAUAAACUUAUGUUAUCCAUUAUUUUUAACUCUUCCAUUAAAAUCGGAAUAGAAUCGGAAGAAUCUGUAUAAUAUAAUCGCAAAAUGACACUAAGUGAUUCAUUUCAUAACAAAAGUUAAAUAAUGAGCUUAAUAUAUUAAUAGCAAAAAACGACAUUACGGAAAAUGCAUAAUUAAUAUUACAAUUAUUAAAAAUUUCUUUGUUCUAGAAUUUAGCCGUAUAGAGUUUCAGAAUGUAUUAUCAUAGAUUAAUUUUAUGCAAUUAUUUUUACUAAAUUAUUACCAUUACCACAUUAUGAUAAUUUUAGUUAAUUAAUACAAUUAAAACAUCAAACAUAUUUUCUCUUUUGUUAUUUAUACGUAUGUGAAGUGAUUAAAAAUGCAUUUAUAUUUAAGUAUUCGUUAUUUUGUCUGAUUAGUUGACCUGAUUACAAAUAACAUUUAUAGUUAUGCAAAUAAAACUUCCUUCAGUACCCUUAUUAAGUGUACGACAUAUUAUUCGUUAAUCAAGCUUCCGAUUUAUUUAACUUACGAUAAGGCAUUCUUGUACGAUUUAAUUUAUAGAAGUUGUCUUUUGUAUGAUAUAUUUUAAGCCCAGGAACAUGGUGAAUAAGUUUAUCUUUUUGUAGUUAGUAUUUAUGCAGUUGUAAAUGUUAACAAUCAGUAUUGUUUUUAAGUUUCAUUUGUGCUAUAAUAGAUCAUAAUAUUUUUACUUAAACGGACCAUUCUAUGAAUAUUAUUAAAAUGAGCUAAUAUGAGUGUCAAAGGUUUUACGAAUUCGAUACACUAUGACAUUUUGUAUAUAGACCUGUGACUUAAUUCCUUAUAUUUUGGCGUGUAUUUCAUGUGAGGUCUAUUCAACAUAUCCUUCUGUAAAAUAUAUAUACUGAAAGAAGUGCGAUAAAUUUGUAAAGUGUUGUUUUGUUAAAAUGUUACUCUUCGUUAGAGUUUUUGCAUUUUGUUGACUGAUGCCAAAGAAUUCUACUCUAAUCAUUGUUAUUGUCCACAGAUUUUGAAAAUGAUUUUAUGCAUUUGUCUUCGAUAGUUUUAUGAGAAGUAAAGACUGACAUGUUUCAAACUUGGCACAGAAAAUGAAAUGGAACCAAGUUAAAAGACAAGUGUAAACAGAUUAAAUGCCAUUUUAGUUUAAACUACAUAGCAUGCACGACAGCAUUUUUAUCUGUAUUACAUAAUUUAUAAAUAAGUAUCCAAGUUGUUAGAGCAACUGUUAGUUUAUUUGUUUAAAAGAUACAGUUAUGAGAUUUAUGAAGUAAAAAUUCUUUGAUAAUAAAAUGAUAAUAUUAAAAUAAUACUUUUAUUGACUGAUGAAAGAUUUAUUUUCCAUAAACGGGUAUAAUUUCUUUGGCAUAAAAGUUUUCAGUAAUUAGUUGAAAUGAUAUUAAAAACAACAUUUAGGAAAUCUCUUGAAUUCUUAAAUACUGUUUAAAGUCAGUUUUGCAAGAACUAUGGAAACAAAUACUCAGUGUACAGAUUUGUACAGAUAGAUAAUAUAUUCGUAGUCUUGAGAUAUCGGUAAAAAUCAUUAGAUUGAUAUUAUCGCAACAUUUAUUAAUAAAUAAAUCUCAAAGCAAAAUGAAAUAAGGCAAAAAAAUUCGCUAAUAUUAAAAUUUUCGUCAGCAUACAUCUCACAGAUAUUUGUCAAAAACAAGUGUUAUUCUUCAGUGCUAAUGUAUUUUAUUAAAAUUUAAUAUUUAUUCUCUUCAGAUAAAAGUUUGGAGUCAGUCUUUGCUAAUCAAAAACUUUGCAAUUGUUAUUGUGCAGCGCGAUUGUCCAAUGUCUUAUUGUCUUUCAGUGCAUUGUGAAUGGAUGUGAUCGUGUGUAAUGUUUGUGUUGUACAGUAUUUGUUUUGAAUCCACCCAUUACUGCAACAAUAUUCUUUUUGAUGUAGGUAUUAAAUAGUGUUAGUUUUUAAAAGCAUUCCCCAACUGAAGCAAUUCGUUUUGAAAAUAUGCAUUUAUAAGUACAUUUAAAGCAACCUACUUUAAAACAAAUUUCUAAAUUUUUCAUUAUGAUUAUAUUUUUUAAUUUUGGUAAUCAGAAAAUGCAUCAAGUUGAAGUUUUUAAAAAUAUAUUUUCUGCAAAACCUUUCAAAUCUUUUGUUAAUCAAAUAUCUAUCCUGCCAUUAGUAUACUGAUUAUAAAUCAUCAUAAAGCAUUUGGCUACUUUCUGUUUUUAUCGGUAAGUAUGGGCUUGUAACUAAUUAUGAGUUUAACAGAAAAUAGUAUUAUGAAAGUUUUAAAUAUAACAUAUGAGUUUAAUUUGCUUGCUUUAAGUGUCUCCUUUCAUACUAUAGAAAAUCAAAUAACAUUAGAAACCUCAUUCAAAAUUUAAUAUAAUAUCUCAAUCUUUAGAUUUAGAAGUAAAUUUAAGUGUAAUUUCCUUCACUUCUUUCUCUUUCCGUCACUGAAAAGAUAUUUAUCCUAAAAAAGAAGCUUAUUUUUGGAUGCUUUAUAUGGCAUGAAGGAUCAUACGGCUUAUAUAAGGAUGUAUGCCUAGAAUGUACAUGUUGUCUAGAAACAUAAAAUGAAGUAAAUAAUCCGAAUUCGUUUUCCAAGUAUAAUAAACAUCUUUAAAAUGCGACUUGCGUUAACAAAUCAUAGUUAAUGAAUUUUGAGUCAUUAUGAAAAAAAAAAAAUUGCUUGUCAGUCUUGCAGUUUUCCAAAAGCAUCAGACUAAUUUGCACCGAAAGCGACGGGAGGAUUACGGACAACAAUACGAAACAUAUAAUAUAAAGUCGUAUUUAUUUAUAUAGUUGGCUUUCAUUAAAGUAUUUAGAGUAUAAAGUAAUUUUAGCUUAUCGUAAAGUUCUUAUAGAUUUUUGGUCUUUUUACAUUUCGUAUAUAUUUUAGGCUAAAGCAAGGGAUCAUUUUAAAUUUAUCUUAGAAGAUAAAAUAUAAUUGUUAAUAUCACUGGUCACGCAUUCAAUGCGUGAAAUUUAAAGCAUUGCAUGAAAUUAAAUCGCAAACAAAAAAUUCAAAAUUGCACCAUGUAUAAUUUAACUGUUAUUAUUACGAAAAUCAUAAAAAGGAAAUGACACAAAUCUUCAGUAAGAAUUUUAAUAACCAAUCUGGAACUAAGCAACUUCCUUGAUAUCACCAAGAAAUAAUGUAAUAAAAACUUAUAAUUAUUUUUUAAAAAUAACCAGAUAGAUGUAAGCUGAAAUUCUUAAGAUAUAUAAUUUUGUAAACUUUAAAAUUGUAAAAAUUUAACAUACGAAUUAAAUCCUCCAUAUAAACAUGUUCUAAAAAAAUUAGAUAAAAAAAAUCAGUUGGAAAACAUGCUUUUAGUAUUGCUUUCAGAUCUGAUUGUUUACUUUUAACCUCUUUUCUAAUCACUGAAAUUUUGAAAGUUUGCAGAAGUACGGAAAUAAGUAUGACGCGGCCUGUAAUUGUAUUAAAUUUUCUUUCCAAAUGAUUGAAACUUAAGUACAUAAAGUAAGAUUCUAUACUACGCAAAAGUUUCUUAAUAUAAGAGUUAUCGUUAAUAUUAGCAAACUAAGCUUUAUGCGUAGCUAUAAAGAUUAAAACAGCUUUCCAGAAAAAGAUGAAAUCUUUUCAAUAAUCACAAAUGCGAAUUCUAUUUUAUAUUUUCCUUCAGUGUUCCUAGUCAGCACUUUAUAAUACUACUAUUUUACUUUAUGGAACAAAAUGUUAAUCCAGAAAGUACUUGAGGCUUUAUCAAGAAGAUAUUUUUAUGGCAUUCUUACAUUUUAUGAACUUAUGUCUGUGAAUUCGAAUGGCCCUAACUAUGAUUUAAAACCAGACCAAAUAAUGUUGUCAUAUAAUUUAAAAUAAGACUACAGUAGAACUACCAGUCAUAAGGACUUCCAGUUUUCUGAGUAACUUAUUCUUCACUUCAGAUCAAGUAAAAUUAAGAUUAUUGUACUAGCUCUUUUUCCUUUUUUAGUAAUACAAAAUAUAUUUGGAAGAACCUAAUUAAUUUUGUAAUCAGACAAAUGUUACGACACUUAGAUUGGCAUACUGUUUUCGGUUAAUACUGCAAACAUUAUUGGAAAAACAAAAAUGUGCGACUUGUAGGGCUAACAUUUUUAUUUAUUCAGUGAGCAGUUGCUUAUGUAACAAGUGCUGCUUAUCUAAAAAAGAAAGCAUUGAACAAACCUGGAAAGGUGAGAUAAAUCCAAUCUCCACGCUAUGUAUUUUAUUCAUAAUUUAGAAUUAGGAAUUAUCACAUGACCUUUUUGCAUGGCGUCAGGAGCACAAUCCAGCAGGCAAGUGGAAGAUUCGAUCCUCGAAUCCAGGUGAAGACACCCUGGUUGUGACCAUAAGACCAACUUGCUUGAUUAGGUGGGUCGGGCUGUUUCCACUUCUGGUACCUUACAACUGUUAUCUGGUACAUGCAGUUAGUCUUCUGGUUUUCCAUACGAAAAGCAUAAUAGUCGCUACAAGAUUAACUUUCUAUGAACAUUUCUGUAGGUUGUUUUGUUAUGUAUGUGAGGCAAGAGUGUAUUGCUCUGCACAUGAAAUUCAUUUACUGUUGAUACAAUGUAAUUUUGUUUCUUGAAUCGUUUAACAUUAUUUUAUUAUAUUUUAGUUGCUAAAAAUGGAAUAUUUAAUUUAAUUAAUGCAUAGCUAAAAAUUAAGCAUAUUAGUAUGAUCAUGAAAGAUAAAGUAAACAUUAUUAAUAAAAUGAGAACAAUAACUACGCAUUUAGCCUGCAGAAAGAAGACAACCACACAGAUGCCAUUUUGUAAGAAUAAUUGGAGUUUUAUUGCUCUUUAAUAUCUUUGCAGUUGUAAAGAAGUUAAUUUUCAUUAAUUGUUGUUAUUUAAACUAAAAUAUGAAAAGAAGUAGUAAUUCAUGAUGUUUUCUCUGAUAUUUAACACAGUAGACGAAAAAUAUAUUAAUUACCAUACAUGGCUUUAUUCUCUGAAGAAACAUGCAUGAAUUGAUGUAGUGACAACCUGUCACGAAAGACAGAUCAGAGCGCAAUAAUCUAUAGUAAAGAGAUUGUCACUAAUUUACUUAAUAAAAAGGCUGUGCUUAAAAGCGUUUUCAUACAAAAUUCUUUGCUAUUUAUUAAAAUUUUACGAAAAUACUUUUCAGUCGAGAUUGUUCAUUUUCUUGAGGAACAAAGGACUUUUAAUAUACUUCAUAAUACAAAAUUAUGUUUGAGGGCUUUUCAAAGUAUUUUCUAAUUAGUGGCAUAAAAGAUAAGAGAAAUUUCCUUAGUAUUUCUAUAACGUAGAGUCUAAAUUACCUACAAGAAAAGUACUAAAAAUUAUGACAGAUUAAUUUUCUCCUGGGAGAUAUAUGGGUUUCAGAGUUUUUUAUAGUAAAAUCCUUUUUUUCGUUUUACUAAAGAUAAAAUGCGAAAUUCGAUUACGAUAUUUUUUAAUUUACUUUCGUAUAGUCAUUUUAACACUUAGACAGUAACAUAAAAAUUUGGAAUUGGAAUUGUGCUUUAAUUUAAUUUCAUUCCAAUAUGAAAUCUAUAAUACCAAGUUUGAAAUCUGAGAUUUUGCAAGAACAUGUCAGGAAUAUAAAUUCAUAUAACUGAAUCUUCUAUAAUACUUUCCUCUCCAUAGGCAUAGACGUAUAUAAUUUAUUCAUCACAGAUCUUCAUUAAAAAAAUUCGCUUUUGAGAACAUUAAUGUUAAUCCGUUCAACAUUCGCCUGUAACGUAUUUUAUCUAUUACUCCCCUCCAUCCUCCCAACUAGCCGAGCACUUACUCAAAAGUAUUUUCAUCAUUCCUAUAUAGUUCUAUACCUAUUCAUGAAACAUUGCUAUCAUAACGGCUCAAAAGAAGAUCAACUUAAAUAACCACCUGUGUCAAUAGUUUGAGAAUGCAUUAUACAUAUUUCUGAUAAAUUACAAAAUGUCCGUGCAUAAAAAGAAGGAAUGUAGUAAUAUUUUGACGUUUUGAGAGUAGGAAACGUCCUCAGUUGCGCAUUUAAAGCAAUUUUACCACGACGUUUUCUGGGAGAAUAAAAUUAAAAAGUGAAUUAGGUAACAAUAUUUAAGACAUUUAACAUAAACUUUUAGCUUAACGAACGAAAUAAUGGGUUACAAUACAAUAAAUUGCAUAUGAAAACUUUCUUAUUCCUUUUAUUAUCAGGUACAUUUCCAACUAUCAAAUUAACUCAACCAACUCAUUUGCGGUUUUGCAGCUGAGGAUGGCGGUUCGGUAAAACCAUCGAAACUAGUCCUGUGAAAAUUUUGUAAAUAUAACGCUGAUUUUUGUUGUUUGUCUUCUGAAUUAGUAUUUAUUCGGCGUGUUAUUGUGUCUUAAUUAUCAAAUAUUUCUCUAAGCUCCUUUCAUAAAAUGUUUAAAGUUAUGAUUUUCAGACUACAGUAAGUGGAAUAAUUGCUGUAAGUAAUUCCCAAUAAUUUUAGAGCUCUUUCCGACUAACAUUUGAUAAUGUGAAAGUGGAAAAUACAACCACAGCAGCACAAAAUAAACAAAAUGAUUUUAAUCUUUCACUCCUAACUGACACUAUAUAAUUGAUAUCAUCAAAAUUUAAAUGUCAUAUAUUUAUUAUGUGUGAAUAAGACAAAAUCCUGUUGUAUUGGACUAUGAGCUGCAAAUGUCAUUCAAAAAAUAAUUCUGCAAUUUUAAAUUUUCUUCCCCUUAAUUUGCAUAUUUUCAAUAUUUCAAAACUAUGGAAACUAAGAUUUACGAUCUGUUUGCAACAGCUCGUUCUUCAAAUCUCCUAUUUUUGUUCCUUGAAACAAAAAUAAAUAAAUAAAUAAAUAACGUUUCGCAAUGCAUACAGCAUCGAACACUUUAACUUAAUCCCUUGCAAAGCAAUGUGGUUGGGCAAAAUCAUUCAAUAAUGCCAUCGAUGAUGAUAUUUUGUUAUCAGGUAAGCAAUGAGUAUAAACUUUGAAGCUUGUGUUAUGUACUCCUGGUUUCACCUAAUAACGCACCUGCCUAAUUAAGGAGCCCCAGUUAGAAACUCGUGUGGAUAAUAAUGGAUUAUUCCAUCCCGCAUACUUCAAACUUGAAAUGUUCUGAACUCUAUGUUUAACAAAUCGUGAGGUACUAAUUAUAUGCGGCAAUUGGCGACUAAUUACACCCGUCGUAUUAAAAUCGCUGGUCCAAUUAAUCGGGUUUAGUUACAUCCUCAGUGGCUACAUAUACCCCUAGGGGAUAUUCAAAAGCAGAGGAGUGAAAUAUCACUACUAAUUUGCAAGUUUUAAUUAAGCCAGAAUACACUGAAGGAAAGAUUUUAAAAUUAUUUUACAGUUUUAAAAUCCAUAUAACUAAAAGUAGUUUUACUUUACCUUUGAAACUUAUUUUGUUCUAUUUUCGUGUUUAUUUUAAAAUGCCCUCUGUUCUUUUGCUUUAUAACUUAUCACACUGUUUUCUGGUAACAUCUUUUUUCCAAAUUAACUGUGCCACUUAAUAUAGUUAAGUUACCUGUUAUUGUAACUUACUUUUAUAUUCUAUAGGGGUCUUAUUUUCAAAAUAAUAGUUGAAAGAAAUCUGUAGUUUGGUUGAGUAUUCCUAUCAGUAUAUUUGUAAGCCUUAUUUUAAAGAACUCUUAAUAUCUUAAUCAGCGUAACUAUUAUUAGAGCUUUCAGGAUCAGGCACUUUCUAUGAAUCAGCUCUUUCCAAGUCAGGCGCUUUCUAUGAAUAUUUUAAUGUUUUAGUACUUUUAUCGUCAGAUCUAGUGCUUUCUUUGUUCCGGGUAAUAACAAUAAAAAUUAUACCCCGGCCUGAGUGCAGUACAAGAUGAUAUUUAUUAUAACUGCGCUACUGAGGCAUAAUGUUUCUUUUUAACAUUCAUCCUAUUACUGUAAAUUUAAAUUUAGAUCACUGUUCUUGGUUAAAUUUCGCCUUUUAAAAUUUAUUUAUUACGGAAAAAAUUAAACUUAUCAUGAAAUCUUAACAUAUUAAUAAUACUAUCAAAUGAUAAAUCCUGCUGACAAUAUAACGUUUCUGAUACAUAAAAUAUAUAUUCAGGGAUUAGAGCGCAAGUUCUGAAAUGAGUGUAGAACAGAGUGAAGUUUCGAAAAAAGAUAUUAAGAUAUUUUAAGAUGAAAUGAAUUUUUUGUAUGUUUAGUUCCAAACUUUUUCAAAAACAUUAAUUUAAAUGAUUUCGUAUUAAACAGUUUAACUUCUUCAGCGAUGAAAAUUUUGAGGAUAGGAUGAUUUGGGUUUUUACCCAAAAAGGUUAAGGUUGCCACGUAAGAGGUUAAUGACACUGAAUUCUGAAAUUUGUAAGUCAGAUUGUUUUUACAUUAUACUGAUAUGGAUUUUCCAAGUUUUAUUGAGAAAUGUAUCUACGUAUGAACUGAAAGGGAGUGGCUUCUAUCGAAGACUGUAAAAGCAGUGAAAAAGAUCAAAAGUAAUGCCGUAGGAAAAAAAAAAAAAAAAAAAAAAAAAAAAAACGCCGAAGGAAAAAAAGAGAUUUUCUUAAAUUAACAUAUUAGCUUAAGAUGCAAUGCAUUUAGUUCAUCAUUCGUUAGCAGCAAUCUAGAAAAUUAUUUUAGCACUAAAAACAAUAAGAAAUUUAUUACAAACUGUAGUUAAGGAUGAUACCUUUCGACAAAGAAAAAUUUAAAACAUUUAUCAUUAUUAAAUUUUACUAUUUCGCGACAGAAAAUUUAGUAAACUCUGCUAAAAAUAAUGAUUUAAUGUUUCCUGUACUUUUCUUGUAAGACUAUAUAUGAUUAGUUUAUUAAAUAAAUCAAAUACAAUACCCGCCGGAUAUAAAAUCUCCUUUCGUUGCAAACAUAUUUAAGUUUAUUAAGCGGCUGAUUUAAUAAACGGUGAUAACUAUAUUCCAAAUUACUUUAUCGACGUUAAACUUCUUUAGUAAGAUAGUAACUAAGAAUUAACCUAACAUUUAUUACUUAAAUUAUUAAUUAAAAAUUAAUGCUAUAAUUAAACUAUUUGCGAAAUUUGGAAAAUUUUCUCCUAAAAAUGUUUAUUGCUUGCAUACCUGAUGAAAAUUUAAACUUUUACAAAGAAUAGCUUUAUUCGUAUUAUUCGUCGAAAGUCUUUCAGUUGUAUUUUCAAGUUUCUAAAAAUGUCUCAUCUCCACCUUUCAGUUCGAGAAUUCUCAAGCGUUAACAGUGCUCACUUCGAUUCAGUUCAAGUUGGCGUGUAGUCACUUUUUUCCGUAUCACUUCCUUUGUCAGUUUCAGUUUCUGAAGCUGUUCUAAAACACUUUCUAUAGUACCGUAGUUAGUGUUUUCACAUGCUGCCUCAAUAUUAUCAUCAGCUGCAACGUAUUUUAAAAAGAAUCCUCAUAAUUUCUUUCAGUGACGGCGGAAUAUUAGAAAGAGCUUGCAAAUCCUCUGUGGCUUCUUCUAAAUAAAACCAUGUUUUCUGAAGCAAUAUUUGUGUUUGAGGAGCCUGAUUUCCAUGCAUUGACUAUAAUAUGCAUAACUUCAAAGUCAUCGACUUAGUUAUCUCCUUCGAAGUGCUUACAUUGUCACAAGAUUCAGACUUUUUAUUUCUUUUUGAACGACAUCUGUCCUCUAAAGAUAUUUGAAAGCUUUUAUAACAGUAAAGUUUUUAUAACAAUAAAAUACGACUUCUCUCGAAUGAGAAAAAACAGGACGAAACAUUAAUUUAGCAAUUUUUCAGGAAGGAGCAUUAAUUUAUUGUUUUCAAAACGCUAUCAGAAGGAUCUGCAUGCAACACAGUUAUCUAACAGUAAUGCUAUAGUUUCGUUUUCCAGCUCUCUGUCCCAUUUUAAAAAUACUGCUUGUCAUCCAUGCAUUGUUAUUAGUAUGAUAUGUUAAAGUUAAAUUCUUGGCUCCUUUUAAACUUCGAAAUUUCUACUUUUUUCAAUAACCAAUGACGUUUUAAUUUUUACAUCCAUAUUACACGUUAAUGAUACAGUAACUAGUUCUUUUAAUUCCUUAAAACCAGUCGUUUUUUCACUUUUAAACAACUUUAAACUUUUUCUUUGCGUGCUUUUAUAAUGCUUUGUAAAACAAACCAGUGUUAUCUGUGUGGCUUGUAACUUUUAGAAGCUCAGGUAAAACAUCUUUUAUCCAAUUUUCAGCCGAAUGAUGAUCUGUUCCUUGCUUUGCACCACGUAGUUUCUGAAUAAACAAUGUUAUUUUUCUCUUUCCGUCUUGUGAGCCAUCCGUUUCUAGUGAGCAGGAAGAUUGCACAUUUUCUUUCCAGUCGACCUGUCGUUUCAUGGUUAUUAAAGGAAUUAUUAAUACUUUCUUUUCUUUUUUCUUCAGCCUUACAACAGCCACUUCCCUUUUUAAUCAAAGACUGACAGUGUAAGAUAAUACAAGGAAGCACUUCAUAAUGUUUCUUUAAUGUGUGUAUACACUUGCGUUCCAGGUCAACUAUUCGAGAAAGGGUACCAGUGCUCGCUUAAGCACCAUCUUUUCUUUAAUCCUGGGAAUCACAUUUACGAUCAAAAAAUGUGUUCCUAAUGCCUACAAAAGACUGCUUUUGUUAAUCGUAAGAUAAAUGUAUUCUGACUCUGUCAGCUCCAGUUCGGACAAAUAGAUUUAAAAACAGUGUCUGACUAGGGAAGAGUGACAGGGACUAGGGAAGAGUACCCAACACCGUCAGGGAGUCUUGAUUUUAACUACAUUGGCCAAUAUUCCUGCUACAAUAAUUUUAUUGAAGCACCACAUAACUGAAAGAUAAAUGAAUGAACGACAAACAGCUUUUAUCGACCACAAACAGUUUAUUCUGGAUCUGAAAAACAGUCGUUUGACAGUUUGAGUUCUAUACGCGGCGGAGAUGAGUUUAAUAAAUUGCAGGUUUUCUGUUAAUUAGUGUGUAUUUGCUUUGGUUCUUGGAAAUUUAAACAUAGUAAGAGGCUGAGUUUAUUAGUCAGCGAGUUUAAUAAGCAACGAGUACUGUACCUGCAUACAAAUUGCGUAUGAAGUAAUAAAAUAUUAUAUAUAGUAAAAAAGUAAGUAAAUCAAACGUAAGCUUCAUAUAUGACUGCAGUGCGGAGUUUCUUGAUUUCUUUCCUUUCGCAUUUUUCAGUCAUAUGUUAAUUAGCAGAAUUACAUUGAGUUUAUCCAUGGUAAAAUAUAAACUACGGAGAGAGAAAGAAAAGAAAUUCAAAAUCAACCUUUUUUUCCAGAUGUAGUAAAUUGGUUUGCAUAUAAGCAAUCUCAUCCUAGUUGGUGUUCGCAAUACCUAUUCCAGUCCUUUACAUCAGUUAAAUCGUAGGUAAACUAAAUGUAAUCAGUGAUCCUGUGAUUUUUUAGAAUGUAAACCUUUUUAUUUAAAUUUACUUCUUCCUUAUUUCUGUUACCUAAAAUUAAAUUACGUAUACUCGCGUUAAUGCUACAUAGUUUCCUCUCCUUUUAUAUUGUAUACCUUAAAAUAGCCUUUCUAACUAUAUAAAUAAAAAUGUGUUCUCAACAGCUUUGUAAUCUAUUCGUGCUUCUCAAGAAUGGGGUUUCUAAAAAUAUCAGCUUCCUUCCAAACUGUGUCAAUAAAUGUUUGUGACGUCCUUCGUGGUUUCUUUGUCUUUCGAGCCGAAUAAAAAGGCUCGAACCAUCAUAAAACGGAUGCACUUUUUGUCAGUUACAUGUUUUUAUAUGAAAAAAGUAUUUCUCGUGUACAGUAUGCAGAAUUAUAAUUCUAUUUAUCUGUUGUACAUAUAAAUAUAUGUCUGCGAAUAUUAAUAGCAUUCUUGUUUGUAUACUGUGUUCUUACUGUAAAGGAAAAGCAAUAGGACUUUGAAAGUUGAAGCUUUUUUCAACAUGUAUUUGUUUGAAAUAUGUUUAUCAUAAUUCAAUUCGAUGCCAAUUAAAAUCAAUAAAAGAAUUGUUCAUAAUA